UAAGGAUUACUAGAGAUAACAUAUAUGAAGCAAUUAGUUUUUAAUCAUUAUUUUCCUGGAGCAUGGACAAAUAUCAAUCCAAAUUAUUUUCUUGCUCAUUACUUCCACCUAGAUCCUCUCAAAUAUUUGAGACACCAGUGCUGAAGUAGUGAACCACUUUUACACUUUAGUAUCUGCUCCAUAUGGAAUUAUUUGGUCCAAGUGUUUUCAUGACCAAUCACAUUGUAAGACUUCUUGCUUCACCUCUUAUAGAAACAGGCUGCAGUUUAAAGGUAUUUAAAUAUAGAGCCUGUGGCUGAUCAUAGAAUUUAAGAUUCCCAUUAGGCUGCCCAGCAUAGCUUUAUCCUUGGCUAACAGGUUCUAGCAAGUAUAACUCCCAGCUCUCAAACAAUUGAACUGAUUACCAUGAGAUCCUGAGCCCAAUUCAGUAUUAGUCUUUAACCUUUAAGGCUGCAAUCCUUAACACACUUGCUAAUAAAUGCUAAGCCCCACUGAACACUCUUUAAAGAAACAUGCCUAUAACAUUGAGCUAUGAAGGCUGAAAUGAUCUGGGUCCAGUAUCUCUGAAUUAGCACUCCCCCAUAGGCUUUCUCAUGCCUUAAAUAAGAGAGGAGCUGCUAUGGAUGCCCCUUCAUUCUGAGCUUUUGUGAGCAGUGACACCCAGCCAGCCAACCUUCUUUGUGUUAGCAUCCACUCUUUUGAAGCACCUUGCUAAGAGAGGCUCAGCUGGCUACCUCCUUCCCUACACCCCGGUAAGCGAUUAUGGUGUUGCUUAUUUUUUUAGCGCCUUUAUGGGUAGUUGACUGUUUUAAUGCUUUGCAGCAUUAUCUUUUCUGGUUUCUGGCCUUAUUUCUUUGCUUAAGUAUCUUGAAUGCAUUUUAUCCAAGACCCACUUCAGAUGGAAAUGUCAACACUUAUUACAGAGGGAUUGUUUUGCUUCCUGCCUUCUUCUCUGCAGGAUGCUGCAAAGGGAGGGGGGCAGACUGUGGGUGGCUGAGUGUGUGGGUGUGUGAUACGUGUCUAGCUGUACUGUGCUUCAUGGCUGCCCCACCUGCCAUAAGUCUUUCCUGCUCCCUCCCAUCUCAUAAGCAUAGCAAAUACAGGAUGCAUGGGGAAAGCAACAGCAGGAGCCAAUCAGGACACAGUAAGGCGGGUCGAGUUGCAUGUGCUCUUGUUUGUGUACGUGCAAAAGACAGCUCCCGGCAGAGAGGGCGGGAUUGCUGCCAGAGUGUCUCUCUCUUCUUUAGCUAGCACUGCCAGUCUUUGGUUAGAUUCACUGGAUAGAGUAAAGCUGUGCUGGAACAAGUCAACCAAUCCAACCACAACUUUUGCCGCAAGUGUACUGGAGGAAGGCAAGAAGAAAUAAUGUUACUGUUGGAUUGCAACACAGAGGCUGAUGGGCAGAGCCACCUUCUGGAAGCUGGGACUGAAGUGAAUUUAGCUGCUGAUGGAUUUUGUCAGUCCCCAGCUCAUCUGGCUGCUUGUGGAGGACAUGCUUUCUUCCUACUUUGGCAACAGCAGACAGGAGCCAAUCUGAACCAACAGGACUGGAUUGGGGAAGCUCCAAUUCACAAGGCAGCUAAAGUUGGGAGUUUGGAGUGUCUCACUUUGCUAGUUGCCAGUCAUGCUGACAUUGACUUGCGCAAUAAGAAUGGUGAAACAGCAGAAGACCUUGCAUGGGCUUUUGGAUUUUUGGACUGUGCACAGUUCCUCAGGAAAAUGAAACACAUUCAAAACAGGAAAGCAACAACACAGCUUAGUUACUCUCUGCAUGAUGACAGCUUGCUUAAAGACACAGAAGCAAGACAGAAACGAGCAUAUGAAAGCAAGAGAUCCAUAAGCAAGAGGAGGAGAUCAAAUGAAUAAAGAUGAAGUCUUUGAUGUCAUGUGAAAGCCAAUUACUGCAAGAAGAUGUGUGAACACUAAGACCUUUACAAAGAAAUAAGUCUGCAUCUCAAAACCAAAUAUUUUGAACAGUGCCUUCUAAGAAGGAGAAUGGGUUGCUUCUUGAAGAAGAUUUAAAAAAUAUUAAUUUCUGUAUUCACGCAAUAAAAU